CUGAUUUCACAGGGUAUUUUUUUUGCCAACCCUUAAUUUUCAGGGUUGGGUUUUUUUGAACCCUAACCUCUUCAGGGUCCCGCCAUUUCACUGCCUCUUGUUGCGAUUCCAUAAUCCACACCAUACCCUUCAUCGGAUCUUUCUGAUCCCCUCUCUCCCACCAACUCGUCGACCAGCAUUGGUGCCACAGCCACCCACAUUGCUCCGCGCGCUGCGCUCGUUCUCGUCUCCCUUUCCCUGAGGCUUCGCCACGAGCGUCCGCCUGCCGCGUUGUCUCGGUGAUCCGCGCAGCUCGCCCGCUCUUCCCCGCGACAGCUGUUUCCUAGAUCCAACACCCGAAUCUGGCCUAGCAUGGGGCUUGCCCCACCGGCCGCAAUUCACGCUUCCACGGCGUUGCGUGUUGAUCUGGGAUCGAGCGAGCUGACGUGGCUGCAAGCCCCUCUUCGGUUGCGGCGUCUGCGGUCCUCGAGAUCUGCGGAACUUGCCACGUCGUUCUUGCCACGUCAUCUUGCUACAUCAUUUAGGCGCCUCCCCGCGCCUUGUCAGCGCGCACAUCGUCCACCCCGCGGGGAGCAUUCCACUGCGCCCGGGUGCUCGCGGGCGGCAUGGAGGGGCGGGCAGGCGGAUCGACGGAUGAGAGUCGUGUGCCAUGCUGCAGAGAGCGGUGACGCGGCGCCGGCUGAUUGGGUGGACACUGCGGGGACGCACAAGCGGCCUCGGCAGGUGUUGUACUCCAAAAAGGGUGAGAAGUUUCUGUUCCAAGCGGGCGAGCGCAUGGCGCUGCUGGAGGUGCCCGAGGGCACGAGAGUGCUGUACCCGGGGCUGUGCAGGGACGGCCAGAACAACCCCCGCAAGAUGCGAGACAUGAUACGGCAUGCCCUGGACAACCCUGUAGGGCGGCCACCGCUGAAAGAACGACUGAAACAAAUCAAAGAGGCCAACCCCAACCCCAAGAUCCUAAUUGCCUUUGACGACGUGAGCGUGCCCCUGCCGCCCAUGCGGCGGCCGGACGUGAGACAACUGAUCAUGGAGGAGGCGGAGCGGGACUGCAUGGCUGUCGGCAUCACGGACAUCCGGUUCGUGUGCUCCAUCGCGCUGCACCGCUACAUCCGCCCGGACGAGUUCAAGCACAUCUGCGGGGACUACCUGUUUGGGAAGUACCACCCGCACCGCAUGGGCAACUACAAUGCGGUGGACAUGGAUGAGACGGUGUCCAUUGGCGUCACACGGCAUGGCGAGGCCGUGCAGAUCAACCGGCACUUUGCGGAGGCGGAUCUGGUGGUGUAUGCGAAUGUGAAUUAUGUCAGCAUGGACGGCGGGUACAAGUCGUAUGCCACUGGGCUGGUGCAUUACAACUGUCUGCAGCACAACCACGACUCCAAGACACUGCGCAACACCAGGUCGCUGUUUGACCCGACGCGCUCUGCGCUGCACCAGUCGUUCCACCGCAUCGGGCGCAUGAUGCAGAAGCACACUGACGUCUUCCACGUCGAAACCGUCAUCGACGACCAGCUGUUCCCGUGGUACUCGGACUUCGUGCUGGAGCUGGUGCGCAACAUGAACCCGCUGCAGAAGCUCUUCAUGCACUCGACGCUGCUGCUGCUCAAGCUGCUCCCCCUGUGGCUGUGCGUGAAGCUGCUCUGGUUCAUGCGCGGACCCUUCGGCCUGCUGCAGGUGACAGCGGGGGAGACACAGGCGGUGCAUGAGAGGACACUGGCGGCCAUCUACCGCGACAAGGUCAUGGACGUGCACGGACAGGCGGACAUUCUCAUCCUGGCGCCCAGCGCGCUGGGGCCCUACACCAAGGACAUGUACCUCAACCCCCUGCUCGUGAACACGUACUCGCUGGGCUACUACUACAACAUGUAUGUGGAUGGCGUGCCUCUUCUCAAGGAGGGCGGUUGUGUGGUGGUGGUGAAUGACAUGCACUACGAGUGGUCGUCCCCAGCGCACGAUGCGUACCGCCGGCUGUUUGAGGACGUGCUGGCGGUGGCGCCGGGGCUGGACGACUUUGAGCGCUUUCAGCAGCGCUUCGUGGACGACCAGGCGCUCAACGACGUCUACCGCCACGGCCUGGGGCCCGCUGCCGUGCAUGGCUUCUACAUGUACACAUGGGCGGCUCAUGGCAUGGACAAGGUGGGCAAGGUGUAUGUGGUGGGCGCUCAGGACCCACGGGGGCCUGCCAUUCUGCGAUGGGAGAUGGCAGACAGCAUUCAAGAUGCCGUUGAUCAGGCGCGUGCGUUCCUGGGAGACAGCAAGGCGGCAGUGACGUAUCUGCGGUGCCCGCCAGUGGGGUAUGUGCGCGUGCACACGGAGGGACAGGGGGGGAGGAACGCUGACCAGGGGCAAGGGAAGGGACAGACAGUGGGCAAACACGAGUGAUGGUGUGAACGCCCCUGUUGGCAGGCCAGGGGCUAUUGUUACGAGGUGCAGCAGCGGUGAGCAGCACUCAAGUGGGACUGUUGGGGCAGGGCAAGGGCCUGGGUAUGCUUUGACUCAAAUGGAGGCACCUCAAAUACUGGGUAUGCCGUGGCCUGAGUUCUCUGGAGUCUGGUUACUCAGAAUAAGUGAUGCAGGAAGCAGGACCGUUUUGGCAAAACUUCCUGUAUGAAAGCAGUUGAAAGCUAGUAGGGUGUCAGGAUGGGUUCAAGGUGUCGCAUGAACAACACACCGUAAGCUGCCAUCCCCGCCCCACGCACUUGGCAGAGUGUCAAGUGGGCGGUGAACCAAAGAAAUGCAACUGCGAGCAAGCAGUGGUGCAGGUGGGACGCUACAGUUUUCACACUCACUCUGCAAAUGUAUCAUGUUUUUUUCCUGGGCGGUAGAAAGGGAAGUGGUACCAUAGAACUGGGUGCUUCCUGGCUGAAAUGAGGUGA